CGUUUGUUGGCCCAGCCAGUCCUGACUCUCUGAGAGAGGAAGGGGGAGAAUUCCCGACUCCCGAUCUGUCGUGGAGGGGAGGCCCCCGCUGUCGCCGGCGCCGGCAGCGGCGCCGUGGACAGGUAUGGAUCGCCAAAAAGGAAAGUCCCGCAGUGACAAGCCAAGCAUAUGGCAUCCAACAAACACCGGCAGGGGAAACAGACAAGACGCGGGGCCGGCGGGAGGGCGGGGAAGAGUCGGCAGACGGCGAAGAACGAGGACGAGAACGCCAUGGCCAAGGUAAUUUCCUCUCGGGCAGCAUUUGAUGGUCUGACGCCCGACCCAAUGGCCGUCAACCGUUCGAAAUCAAAAAGGUGGUCGCAGCUGGAGCGAAAAACGCGAGCCUUGGCCGUUAGGUCAGUCAUUCGGCCGCCGAGCGGGGGGCGAGACAGGAGCGGACGCGGCGACGUCCUGGACGGGCACGGUGCCGAAACCCGCCGACACGACAUGACGAGAGGAAGAAAGAGGCGAGCAAGGUAGCGGUGGGUACAAUCGAUGGAGAGGCGGGCGGAGCUAAGCGGGGGAAUUAGACGGCCAUGCGGCGCAUGCGGCGCCGUUGGAGAAGCAGGUGCAUUCGGCGUGCUCGUGCUUCUAGUUCCCAGGAUUGCCCCUGGUGGAGAAACGCACCCAGCCGCCUUCGGCAGAACCACAUAAGAGGU